CAUGUGACAGGAAAAAAAAAUGUCAACAUCACCCUAUACUGCAUCGCCAAAGAAAUGAGCAUGGAAACGUCGCGUUUCUUCGUGCGCAAAAAUUAAUAUGCUGUACUACAAGUAACACCUUGAUGUGAGCUGCCGGGUUUUUGGCUGUCAUUGCGCAGGAUGGCUGCACCUCAUACGGGACAGUCCUCCCUUGUACACAGCUUGGCCACACUCCUGCGAAAUAACGGUGACGUGGUGCUGGAUGGCAGCAGCACGCUGACCUUGCCGGCUGCCACCUUGCAGCAGCUCACCAGGUUGUUUGAGCAGUACCUGCUGUCCAGGAGCCAGCAGCAUGGCUUCCUCGCGCUGCCCUCCCACCCAGCUGACACUGCUUCGCUGCUACAGCUGCAGUUCCUGUUUGACAUCUUGCAGAAGACCAUCUCCCUCAAGCUCAUCAACCCACCAGAUGUCAGGCUUGAGUCCAUGGUGAAAAUCUUCCCUUUCAAGUCUCUUAAGUGUUUGGAGCUGAAGAGAAUCCCUCCACACUGUCUUGAGGGACUCAGAGGAGUUUACUCCCAGUUGGAGGUUUUUACCUGCUCAAAGAGCCUCAGCUCCUUGGAGGAGCUGUUAUCUCUGUGUGGAGGUGACCUGAGCUCUGCGCUACCUUGGCUGGAACUUCACACCCUGAACUUCAGCUACAACUCCAUUGUCUGCCUUGACCAGUCACUAAGUUUACUGAAUGUCCUGAAAUCUUUGGAUCUAAGCCAUAACAAGAUUCAGGAGUGCGCUGAGUUUCUGAAGCCUUUGACUGAGCUAGAAAUCUUGAACCUGGGCUACAACUGCCUGCAGAGGGCGCCAACACUUGGUCUGAGCGCUAGCGCCAAGCUGGUCACACUCAUCCUCAGGAACAACGAACUGGAAACUAUCAAUGGGGUGGAGCAGUUGUCUUCGCUCCAGCAUUUAGAUUUGGCCUACAAUAUUCUGCUGGAGCAUUCCCAGCUGGCUCCUCUUUCCUUGCUGCACUGCCUCAGCACACUGAAUCUGGAGGGAAACCCGCUGUACUUCCAGAAGACUCACCGCACCUCCACCGUCCGACACCUCUCCCCAAAGGCUGCCAACCUCAAACUCAGACUUGAUGGUACUCCGCUGUCCUCAUCUGAAUUAUCAGUUCUGCCAAAACGAGGUCAGCUGAUGGUCCAGGUACAGAGUUUGCCUUCUAGUUACUCCGUACCUGCAGAUCGGAGUAACCAGGAAGUGUCUAGUGGGCCGGGCGAGCUGAGUGACAGUGUGUCUGUGGGAGAAGUGGCUGUCUCAAACCUUCGCAAGAGGAGAUCUAGGAGUAAGGUGAAGGUGCGGAGGGCCAGCAUAUCCGAGCCCAGUGAUACUGAUUACGAGCCCAGACCCCCGUCCUGCACACAGGGCAUUGUCCUUCAGCACCAGCAGGAGAUUGAACGGAUGUCCAGCUUCAGGGAGCAACUCGGAGAAGACUGGCUAAGAUACGAACACCAUCUAGAUGGAGCUUCACCCUCAACCUUCAGCACCACUGCUAACCAGCAAACCUCCUGCUCUAAAACCCUCUCCAAUGGUCUCAACACAAACGCCAUUGUCCCACAGCAGCAGCCAUCUCCACCGCCUUCCCCUGAGGUGCUGGAAGUCCUCCUGCCGCCUAUUCUUUCUUCAGAACCCGGAAAUGAGACAUCUGACAUGGAUGCAGACCUUGAAACAGAGUCCACCUUACAGGACUUUCAAACCAUUCAGCUCACAGAGUCCACCUUGGAGAACAGCAUGGUAGAUGGGCUGGUGAUGAGCCAGGGAGUUGUGAGUUCACCUCAGCCAAGCCCAGAGUCCCAUAGGUCUGCUAGAGCAGCAAGUGGGGAGACCAAUCAUGAAGAAGAAGAGGAUUUAGGAGUGGACCUUUGUCACCCUCUGCUUGUGGGUGUCUUAUCUGACAAAGAGGAGGGGGUCGGCGAGGGUCAGGGACAGAGGAAAGGAAGAAGGGAGGUGUUCUUGUGCAUCAAAAAGGGCCUAGUGCUUGAGGUGGACAUGCAGUGUGGACAGGAGAGAUGCCGUCUGGAGCUGGAUAGCCUGGCUAAGGUGGAAACAACGGAGGCUGCAUGGGCCCGAGGGGAUACAGAAAAGCCGUUUCCAGCUGUAGAACUUCAGUUUGAUUACAUCAGCAAGGAAAAAAGGAGGAGAUGUUACGUCCUGUUAGAUGAUGACCCUCAGCAGGCACUGCAGGCUCUGACUGAUAUACUGUCUAAUGUGGUGGAGGAAAACCAACGCCGGGUCUCCGAGCUCUGUCCCAGCUGCAUUCGCCUGCAGUGCCUUCGCUGCAGGUCAGAAUUCACUCUUCAGGUAGAGGCUCACGAAGAAGAAGCCGGAGGACGAACGACACGGAGGAGAGGAGCCGUGAUGCUACCAGAAGGUGUGGAGGAGCAGGACGGGGAGGAGCUGACGGAGACACAGUGGGCCAGCAAAGGAAAAAGUCAAAUUUGUCCAGAAUGCAGCAGUGACCAUGUCGUGCAGGUGGCUGUCCAGUCAUCUCCCUACAGCAGUACACCCAUCCAGCGUUCAUCAAGGCCUGACAGCGAAGAUGAUCGAGACAUAACUGAGAGCAUGCAAAGUGCUUAUAAGCAGAUGACAGCGGAUGAUUACACAGAUGCUAGUAACAGCAGCAGUCCGAUCCCAGAAGCUGCUACCGCGACAGAAGAGUCCAUGUUUGUCACUGCCCAGGGAAGCUCCUUCUUCAUUGGCGAUAGCCCCGGUCAGACCAGCCGCCUUUCCUACAACUCAGAGUGCCAAAGCAAAGAGGACUUAGCAGGCAGCUACCACUACACCGCUACUGGUGCUACGCCACCUCAAGUGCAAGCCCAGCCUGCAGGGAGAUCCACCCCCAAUGAUAAUUUGGACCUUCUGUCUGAAGAUUAUGAGGUGGUGGACCAUCGGCUCAAGCUUUUCCUGGAUGUAGAAGUCUUCGAGGAGGAAGAAGAGCUUCACUCUUUCCUCAAGAUGUCUGCUGUCAAAUUCGGGGAGCCCGGGGAGGUUCCCUCACUGUUGGUUGUCUCAAACCAGCGGAUCUAUUUUCUGGAAGUGACAUCGGAUGUGCAAGGCCAGCUCACUGAUUGGCUGCAGAAAAGGGACAGCUACCCAAUCAUGGAGCUCAGCUACCUGGAGGUGGGGCUGGGCUCUCAGAGCAUCCACAUGGAGUUUGGAGACGGGUGUGGGAUGGGUGUGGCCUACACCCUACUCGUGAGGGACAGUGUCCGCUGCAACGGUUCUUUUGGCCUCUUGACAGGAAUCGUACGUGAGAUGGCCCACAAAUCAGACAGCAAGUUGAAGUCAAUCUCAACCAGAAGACUCACCCCCGAGCACCAUCUCUGGCCUCUAGUGUGUGAAGACAUCCAAGCAGAUGUGGAGGAUGGACAGCUGCAGUUCUUCUAUAUUCUGGCUUUUGUCCUACAAGAGGAUAUUUGGAUGUCAUUGACGGUUCUGGCGACUAGAGAAACCCUCUAUCUGCUCAGUGAGGAUCACCAGUGGAGGAAAAACAGCCUCACAGCGAAUGAAACAAAGGACCGUACAGCGGGAGCUUCACUGUGUAGAACUCUGCCAAUCAGCUGUGUGAGCUCAGUUCUCCUAUGGCCCUCAGACCAGUGCAGGAUGGAUAUAAAGCUUUACGAUGAGACUGUGAAACAGGAGAAGACGUGGUGUGUGCGCUCAGAGAGCAGCGAGCUCCUCCAGGGUCUGCUGGCCUGGGUCAGAGCACAGUGGGAGGCCAUGUUCGGAGUAAAACUGCACACAAGUCUGCAAGACGGAGCAGCAUAAUAGAGGAUGGCACAAAAAAGAAAUGUUAUAGACUCCGUGUGUGCGUUCCUGUGUUUUUUGUUAAGUUGUAUGGUGCUGGGUGAAGUUUGGUGAGCACGAUCGAGUGUGUCUUUGUUUUCUCUCUAUGCAGUCUGCACUCAGUCUGGUCCCAUUACGCUUGUUGCUUUAAGCCAACUUGGAAAUGAUUGCACUCAUUCAUGUGGCACACAAGCCUGUAAAAGCCCUGGUUGCAUAAUUUUUCCUGCAGAUACCAUCCCACCGAACUUUUCUACAGCUGAAAUGGAGAGUGCCUUGUUUCUUUUUGUUGAUGCUGUGUUGUCCUAAUGAAAUGCACCUUAAUGCAUCUCAUGCUGUUCUUUGAUCGUCUGUAUCAUCGAGUUAAUAUGGAGCAGAUUUGCGGGGUUUGGAGUUACAAGCAUUAAGUUAGUGGGGAAAAAAUGUUCUCUCUUAGGAUUUUGUAGGGGAGUAAUGCAAGGAGCUGAGCCUGGAAUAUGUCAACCCCCUUUGUCCUUUCUCACCAUCUUAGGGUGAUUUGCAUCACGCGGUCAACACGAGGCUGGGGGAACCUCUGAAAGGCCAAGGUUCAAGAUGUUGCCAUCAAAGAAUUUGCACACAGUUUUCACCCAAUUAAGGUCACAUGAUGUGUCAGGCGUUCCCUGAACGGUAGCACUUCACAUGUUUAAACGUUUGGGAAAAGAUGUUUAUUUUGUUCAUUUGUAAUUUGGGUUUGGUUGAUUUGUUUGUUUUCAGAGCAUGUAUGAAGGGGAGGGGGAAAUCUGUUCUGACAUCAGGCACUGUCAUCAUUCAGUAAGGGUGAUGGAUAAACAUUAUCUCAACUGAAUCCUUGUUUAUUUAGUUUAUAUGUCGGUUAAAAAUGUAAGACCGAACUUCUACAGCUGUGUGCAUGUGUAACCACUGUGAUGGGAAAGCGUACGUAUCAGCGUGUACAGUUAGAGAAAAGGUCAUAUUGGACUCAGCAGUUAAUUUAGAUCCACUAAUGUCAUCAUUUCUUUGUGUGUUUUUGGUUGGGGUUUUUUUUUUUUCUUCAAAACAGGCUCAUGCAGAAGACUUGUCUUAUUUUUAUAUAAAUGUGAUGCCUAUGAUUCAUAUACUUGACUAUAAAAGUGAUGUGUAUA